CUCCGCUGGCUGCGGGAGAGCCGGCAGUCCAGGAAACUCAUCCUGCUCAUCGUCUUCAUCGCCUUGCUCCUGGACAACAUGCUGCUUACGGUAGUCGUGCCAAUAAUUCCCAGUUACCUUUACAGCAUCAAACAUGAGAGAAAUGCCACAGAAAUCCAGACUACUAAACCUAAUGUAGUCUCAACAACGAUGGACAAUUUUCAGAGCAUCUUUUCCUACUAUGAUAACUCAACGAUGGUUACUGGAAACGAAUCUGAUAAGACACAGCCCAGAGAGUUGCAUCAUACUCAGACAGAACAAAUGACAGUAAAUGUGACUCCUUCCCCGUCUGACUGCCCGAAGGAAGAUAAGGACCUGCUGAAUGAAAAUGUUCAAGUCGGUCUCUUGUUUGCUUCAAAAGCAACAGUACAGCUAAUCACCAACCCCUUCAUAGGGCCGCUGACAAACAGAAUAGGCUACCAGAUUCCACUGUUUGCUGGCUUCUGCAUCAUGUUUGUGUCAACAAUCAUGUUUGCCUUCUCUGGAAGCUACACAUUGCUGUUUAUUGCCAGGUCCCUUCAAGGAGUGGGUUCCUCUUGUUCUUCGGUGGCAGGGAUGGGUAUGCUGGCCAGUGUAUAUACAGAUGACGAAGAGAGAGGCAAUGCAAUGGGAAUUGCACUAGGAGGCCUUGCCAUGGGAGUAUUAGUGGGCCCACCCUUUGGGAGUGUCAUGUACGAGUUCGUGGGGAAGAGUUCUCCCUUCCUGGUGCUGGCAGCACUAGCUCUGUUAGAUGGAGCUGUUCAAUUAUUUGUUCUGCAGCCAUCCAGAGCACAGGCAGAAAGUCAGAAGGGGACACCGCUACUGACACUUUUGAAGGACCCAUAUAUCAUUAUUGCAGCAGGAUCAAUCUGCUUUGCGAACAUGGCAAUUGCUAUGCUUGAACCAGCAUUACCCAUCUGGAUGAUGGAGACCAUGUGUUCAAAAAAAUGGCAACUUGGUGUUGCUUUUCUUCCAGCCAGUAUCUCUUAUCUCAUCGGGACUAAUCUUUUUGGGAUCCUUGCACACAAAAUGGGAAGGUGGCUUUGUGCUUUACUUGGGAUGCUGAUCGUGGGAAUAAGUAUUCUAUGCGUACCAUUUGCUAAAAACAUUUAUGGGCUCAUAGCACCAAAUUUUGGAGUUGGAUUUGCCAUUGGAAUGGUGGAUUCCUCCAUGAUGCCAAUUAUGGGCUACCUUGUAGAUCUGCGUCAUGUCUCGGUCUAUGGCAGCGUGUACGCAAUAGCUGAUGUUGCCUUUUGCAUGGGCUUCGCCAUAGGUCCUUCCGCUGGCGGUGCCAUUGCAAAGGCCAUUGGAUUUCCAUGGCUCAUGACAAUUAUCGGGAUUGUGGAUAUCCUCUUUGCUCCUCUCUGCUUUUUCCUUCGAAGUCCACCUGCCAAAGAGGAGAAAAUGGCAAUACUCAUGGAUCACAACUGCCCUGUGAGAACGAAAAUGUAUACCCAGAACAACAUCCAGUCCUACCCCAUAGGUGAUGAAGAGGAAGAAUAUGAAAGUGACGAAUAG